UUGGAUCAGAUAGUGCUAUUUCAGAAUUUAAUGCUCAAAAGCAUUUAAUAACCAAAAAUACUGAAUUAACAACGAGUUUUAAUGAUCUAAUUUAUAAUAUAAACUUCACCUGUCUGGUUUUUUCUGGAGUAGGAUAUUAUAUAGUGACAUAUAAUCAAAUAUUAGAUAGAUAUGAACAAACUGAUAGUGUUUUGUAUAGAAAGGAUGUUAUUAAUUGUGAUCGUCAAGAUGAUGAAGCUAGCUAUUGCCUUUUCUGUUCUUCUCUUCUUAAUCAAGUCAUAAAUCUGGAUACUUCUGAAAAUAUUCAUUAUAAACUUUUCAUAUAUUUGUUUGUAAUUGGUGAAUUAAUUGAUGCAUAUCAAAACAGAAUAAUUUUGCAUUUGAAAAGAGCUCGAAUGGUUAUAGUG